CGUUCGGCAGCGAUUUUUAUAGUCUGCUUCUUACUGUUAGUAUUUUAUGAAACUUUUGAAAACUGUAAAAAAUUAUUCCUGUAGCAUUAAUGUGUUCUUGUUUAUGAUCAGAAGUAGUUACUAUUUUGAUAAGCGCUAUCACUGAUUUUAUUCAUCUCGGUCAACUGGGACGCUCUUGGGAUUGGCAGAGAUGUUGUAGGAACUUUUACUUUAUGAUCUCGUUCAAGUUUUGUUCCGCUUCCUAAAAGUUUUUACUGCUGUGCCUGCAAAUGAUUCUACAUUUCUAAAUUUCCUCCUGUCUCCGCUCCACGGAUCGACGGAUGUGUAGUGCGCUGCAAUGAGAACCUGCAACAGACUCCUUGUUGUAACUCUAGUUUUCAUCACAUCAUUUCCAGAUCUUCUGGCAGAAACACUAAAAGUGACCGAAUAUGUUGGCAAAGAGGUCAAUUUGAAAUGCCAGUCAGAAAACAUCACUCAGGUUCAGUGGGAUUUUGAGUCCAUGAAUAUUCUUGUUUUCAACCCCCAGCAUGGAAUGACUAUAAAAGAUUCUCCCCUAAAGAAAAGAGUGAACCUUACAGAACACUCACUGAAAAUUAGAGAUGUGAACGUGACAGAUUCAGGGACUUACACCUGCAUUUUAACUACGUAUCCCAGUGGAUCACUUAGAAAAACCAUCAAUCUUGUUGUUGUUACUGGUGAGCCUGGCCCAGAACCAAACCAUCAGACACAAAUGUCUGCAGGGAUACUUUGUGCGAUCAUCAUCUCUGCUGUGCUGCUUCUAGGGAUCCUGACGGCUGCAGCUUACCUUACCUUUGUCAGAAGACAUAAAUCGGCUCACAGACUUCAAAUCCACGUAGACACAUCAAGUCGUGUAGCGAGUGUCAACAGGCCGUCUUAUAUCUACAAGGACCCAGUGAGCACAGAGGAAGUGGUGUAUGCUGACGUGAGGCUAAAGCGAACCAGAAAUUCAGGAUCUUCACUGACGAAAAUACCAAGAGCAUCUGCAAAAGCUGAGGAAGUCACAUAUGGGGAGGUCAAGGUUUAUCAUCAGAGGCCCAACUUAGAAACAGUGUUUAGUGUAUGAAUGUUGUAUAGAACAGAUUUCCUGCACUAAAAGUUCUGGUUUUACAAAACAAAACAAAAAAAAGCUAUUUACUCCUCAUUUUAAUCAUUUGCAUCUCUGUGGUUGUUCUGCACACAAUUUUUGCAAACUCACUAAAACUAAAUGAUAACAUCAGCACUUCAGCAUGCAUGUAACUUAUGGUUGCUCUUGGCAAAAAUACUGUCCAUUUUUUGUUGUUGUUUCAAUUUAUGUAUUUAUUUCUUUAACUUGAAAAUUUUGUACCGAAAAACGAAGAAGAAACUGCAGAAAAAUGAGUUUGUGAGCUUCUGAUUUGGCUUUUUUUCAAGAUUGUGGGCUAAUCUGUCACUUGCUGACUAACUAUACAUGUCCCUUGAGAUGUUCAUGUUUUGUCACGAGACAAAUCAAACUUCAAAUAGUGAAUAGGGAUUUAAUGUGACAGAGAAACACAUAGUAACAUAAUUUUAAAAGUGGAGGGAAAAUCAUGUCACUUUUACCAAUUAAAAAACUGGCUUAUUCAGCCCCUUUAGUUCUGGUAGCUAUGAAUGAAAUCCAAUGAGAGCCAAGGUUAAACAUUAAGACAGGGACAAACAUAUGAUCACUAGAAUAAGUUGUUGGCAACAGCAAGUCGGAUGAUGCUGUCACAACUAAACACAACCCAAAUUUUACCACAUUGUGCUUUUACAAGACCAAACUUUUUACAAGACUGACAAAAAUAGUUUUACUUGUGAGUGGGAUUUAAUAAAUUAAUAAAUCAAACUCCAGUCCUCGAGGGCCAGUAUUCUGAAACUUUUCGACGUGCCUCUGCUGCACCACACCUGAAGAGAAUAAUUAGGUUAUUAGCAAGGCUCUGGAGAUCUUAUCUACACAAGGAGGAGGAAAUUAAGCCAUUUCAUUCCAACAUUUUCUACCUGUGGCACAUCUAAAAACUGCAGGACAGCGGCCCUUGAAGACUGGAGUUUGAGACCCCUGCACUAAAUAGUGGAUAGUUGAAGCUAAAUAUAAUCAUGUAAUAUGUUAGGGAUUGAAUCUACAAAGUAUUGAUUCAACAUGGUUAGAUAUUAUACUGCACUAACAUGGUAUAUUUCAUUAUUAACUUGUAUUUUAAACCAUUGUAACCCUCACUGUUAAUAGUGAUCAAAACUUCACUGAUCUGCGGCUUUUUCUCUAGGAUUACCAGCUGAGACAGUGAGCUUCAGUCUUCAGUCUUGUUGCUCAUCAAUUUAACUAAACAAAUAUAAAACUGUAAGAAAGCUACCUGCUUGAAUAACAAAACUGUCUGCAUGGUUGCAUCACCCGCCAGGUUCUAAAGAGAUGUUGACAGCAAAUUUGCAAUGCAAACCAGUGUUUUCCCCAGCAUGACAUUGUGGCAGCUUACAGGAAGUUACUGUUCCUCAUUUACUGUCUGAAAACCUGCAAAAAAGAAUAAAAUUACCCUAUCAAUGGAGAAGUGAACCUGCACAUUAAAAGCCACAGCGACUGUUGACCAAAACUGAAACUGUUACAUAAAACUUGAGGUGAGAAUAACCGAACACAAUUUGCACCGACAUUGUUUUAAACCAAUGUGUCUGUUAUAUUUCACUGGCGCGCCUGUUUCGUCUUAACAUCAACGCUGCCUACAGGUGUUGCAGCCUGAGAAGGCCUCGUGUGAAAGAAAUGUGACAAAGUUCGGUUUUCAGGCCUGCAGUAGUUCUGAGGUUCUGUUCGGUGACGGUACGCUUUAACAGUCACCCUCACCUGCUCUUUACAGUCAGCGCUUCCUGACAAUGUGAGGCUGUGGGUGUGAAACAGUGAGCGCCAACGUACGCGUGUCUGAGGUCCUUUACCCAGCCCUCGCUCUGAGGUGUUGGAACAAAAAUCUGUUUUGUUUUUUUGUUUUUCUUUUUGAAAUGUUAGAUCACGUACUUCUGUUUAUUCUCUUCAUUGUUUAGAAAGGGAAAUUUGCUUUACCUGUAACAUUAUUUCAGCUCUGUCUGAACGGGAACUACACUGUAGUUCCGUAAACUCUGUAAAAAUAUGUUAAGAUUGAUUUUUAUUUCAGAAUAAAUGUGCUCACUUUUAUAGAUCUAAUCUUUUGGUUUCUGUUACCUUUAAGAGUUAUGUUGUGACAGGAAGUAUGGGGAAGAUAAGAAAGGUGCGCUUUGAAUGGAGUUUAUGAGAAAAGUCUUUCCUUUCUCAGACACUAAGACAUUAAAAAAGUUCAUACUCAAAGUAAAAGUCACUGUAUUUCUAAAUAUAAAAAACAUCUGAAAAACAACUCCUAAAACUUCUUAAAAUGUAAUUGAUUGGUACAUGAUGCCACACCGUAAGCGUUUUUGAUUAUGAACAUAUAUGCACACUCACCAGCCUUCAUUUCCAGGUACAAUUGUCAAUUUCUCGUUGAUACAAACUGUAAAUUAACCAAUCACAAGGCAGCAGCUUGAUGUGUUUAGGCAGAAAAUAUCCAGUUAGUGGCAAUUUCUAGAAUAAAAAUGUUUUCACAAUGUCAGACUGCACAAUAACAGAUUGUAGUGAUGUGGCCUAGUCAGAUUAGUAUUGAUCUUUGCAACAACAUUCACAUAAGCUCACUGAGAAGCAUAUGAGCAUUUUAAUGCUACAGCCUGAACAUGUGCAUCCCUUUAAGACGACUCCCAGCAGGUCACUGCAAAGUUCAAAUAAUCUAAAACCUGCUUCUUGAACACAAAAAUAUUUUGUAUUUUGUCAUCAAUAGCCCCAUAAUCUCAACAUCUCAAUUUAAUAGGACGCCUUUGAUUUGGAGUGGAAUGAAAGAUUUCCAUCAUGAAUAUUCAGGCAACGAUUUGCAGCAAAUGUGUGAUGCUAUUAUGGUGAUGUGGCCAAAGUCUCUGAUGAAUGUUUCCAACAUGUUGUGGAAUCUAUGCUGUGAUGAAUGAAGGCAGUUCAUAAGGCAAAAGUGGGUCAAGUUUCUACUGGCAAGAUUUCUUAACAUGACCAAUGAGUAUAAAAACUCCUCGUGAAUUAUUUGUGAAGCAUUGUAGCAUCAGAGAAUGAGCUAAACAAAUCGAUUGAAAAAUCUGACUAGAAACCUAUUAUUAAUGUAAUCUUAUCAAUUUUCAUACUCUUGGCUAUAGCACUAAUAAUGUCUACU